AGUUAGAUAGUUUUUGGUUGGUACAACUAGCAGGCUGUAAAUUCACGAACUGUAGCUCCAAUAAAUAAUUUUUCCAGUUUAUUUGUGAAAUAUGUUAAACAAUCGGAUGGAUUUACACGAUGGCAACAUGUCGCAAGUUUGGAGAAAAUGACUAGGUGACUUGCUUAACAACAGUGGCUUGGACAUUUGUGAUAUGUUAAUCACAAAAGACAAGUGUCUAAAAUGGACUGAAGUAAUUAGUUAGUUGCUAACUAUUGAGAUGUGCUACUAGCUGUACAUGUAAAUAAAUGACCAAUAAGCACUAAGUUAUACAUGCCUACAAAUCACCAAGCUACAUGAACAUCAUGCACUAAGAAAUAAGUUGUUACUAUUUGCAUGCUCUGUCGCCACUUUUUAAGGUCAAUUCACCUCCACAUACAUUUGUUUUGCUAACCACACAUAAACAGAGCUGAUCAUGUCGCUAGCAGAGCAGUCCCAAAAGUGGUUCCCAACUCAUGUCCAAGCCACUGUUCUCCAAGCAACUGACCUACAAGCUAAGAGUAAGAAUGGCACCAACGACGCCUACACUAUCAUCCAGCUGGGAAAGGAGAAGUACUCGACAUCUGUGGCAGAGAAAACACUCAGCCCAGUGUGGAGAGAAGAAGCCUCAUUUGAACUGCCAGGUCUGCUUCUGGAGGGCAACCCAGAAAUCUACGAACUAUGCCUCAUCGUGAUGCACAGGUCCCUGGUGGGGAUGGAUAAAUUCCUGGGCCAGAGUACCAUCAAUCUCAAUGACAUUUUUGAUAACAAGGAGAGAAGGAAAACUGACUGGUACUCCUUGGACUCCAGGCCAGGGAAGAAGAAGAAGGCGAGAGGGAAGAUCCAGGUCAGCAUCCAGUUCAUGAGGAACAACAUGACGGCCAGCAUGUUCGACCUCUCCGUAAAGGACAAGCCCCGCUCGCCCUUCACCAAACUCAAGGACAAGCUGAAGGGUCGCAAGCACGAUGGUGGCUUCUCCGACACCACCUCAGCCAUCCUGCCCAGCUCUGCCAUGUGUGACUCGGAGACCCUUCGCCAGCCCAGUGCUCCGGAACAUCAGCCCCAACCGGAGCCCAAGAUCAAGAGACCCUUACUGGCCGGCUCCCAUAAGCUCUCUGCUGCCCACUCCAUGUCCGACCUCAUUGGCACCCACUUCCGCCCCAAGCUGGACUCUAUGAACUCCAUCGAGGAGCUGGAGAAAGGGAGUGGUGCCGCCCCUCACAGGCGCUCCCAGAGCGAGGUGCCAGGCUACCAGAACACAGAAGAACACUGUGACCCUUUUACUGAUAUCAGCGAUGGCCUGCCGCAGAAGUACGCCACCCUCCCACGAAACCGCAACCCGUUCGAGGUGGAGCAGGUCCAGCUGUGGGACAGAGGGGAGAAAAAGGAGAAGAAGGAGAAGGUCAGCCUGCUGGAACGUGUGACCGGGAAGAAGGAGGGACGCAAGACCAACGGGGGGCGUUCGGGCAGCUCUGGAGACCUGCGCUCGCCUAAUCCCUUCAACAGCGACUCUCAGGGCGACAUCCAACCAACCAACCCCUUCAGCUCACACUACAAAGCAAGUGAUAAAAAGCCCACCAGUAAUGAAGACAUCCGAAAGGCGAGAGAGAAACAUGGCAAGAAAAAUGAGACAAAGCAGCCGAGCGUGGCCUCCUAUAGCAACUUGUCUUUUGAUGAGGUGGUGCGCGAGCUCAUCAAGCAGAAGGAUGUGGUGAAAAAGAAGGACGCGCAUAUCCGUGAACUGGAAGACUACAUUGAUAACCUGCUGGUCCGUGUUAUGGAGGAUUCGCCGAGCAUCCUACGGACACCCUACGAGCCCAACAGGAAAGCGGGGAAAAUCUCCAAAAAGAAGUAGAGUCAAGGUAGAGUAGGGUCCAAAAAAUAGUGUCUUGUAACAGUAAUAUCCCAUCCUAGCCAUUUUUGUAAUGUAUUGUGGGUAUGGAACAUAAAAUUAAGAGAAGGGGGAUUGACCAAUGCCAAAUCGGUCGUUUUGAUUUCUUUACUGAAACUGCAUUGAUGCAGUUUAUACGUUUUUAUAGGUUUUGUAUGCUGUGAUUUGAGUUUACACCGGUUUCCCCAGCAGAAUAGUACAUCCGACGACAUAAAUAAGACAUUUUACUUGCAUUAUAACUAACCCCAUGGCUGUCCCAUUGUGAUAGGUAGGCUAAUCUCUGAAUCAGUUGCUCUAUAUUGAUCCACUCAUCCUUUUUAAUUUGAUACCUCCUGCUCUGUUGUUUGUAUGGCAUUCCUUCCUCAGGUGAAUUGAAAUAAUGUGAAAUUACAUCAUGUAUCUCACAAAUUCAUGAGAACACCUUAGCAGAAACCAGUGGAAUUCAAAUUAGCUAGCACUGUGUUGACCUCAUUUUCCGUUGAUUAUGAGAUGAUGAGGAACAAACUAGUGGGGUUAUGCCAUGCCUGACCGUUUCCCAAGGCCUUUAAUAGUGUAUGCCAUGGACCUGUGCACUUUCACACACAUAACGUAGGCGUAGCUCAGUUGGUAGAGCAUGGAGCUUGCAACGCCAGGGUUGUGGGUUCGAUUCCCACGGGGUGCCAGUAUGAAAAAAUGUAUGCACUCUGGAUAAGAGCGUCUGCUAAAUGACUAAAAUGUAAAAUAACAUAUGAAAAUCCCAGACAGCUUCUGGAGCGAUUGUGUGCACAUGGAACCACCAUCAAGCUAGAUUUGCGUUUUAACACUGAUAAGGCCAUCUAGAUUUGAUUAAAUAUUUAAAGUGUGUACCUCUUCACCGCUCACAUCAGUUGUACUGAAAAAUUGCACGAUUAGAUUUGAAAAAAGAAUGUCCUCGAGCUUCCAGUAAAGAGAGAAACAACUUCCUCUCUGAUUAUGAUUGAACUAUGCCUCUUUUAGCCUCUCCAAGAGGCAAAAAUCUCAUGAUUAGGUCAUCUCAUGAUUAGGACACUGGCUAUCCUAAGUUGAAUGCACCAAUUUGUAAGUCGCUCUGGAUAAGAGCGUCUGCUAAAUGACUUAAAUGUAAAAUGUAAUUAUUGGGCUACGGUUGCUAUAGUAUUUUAAUAAGGGUCUACUUUUUUAUUUUGUAUUUGAUUGCACGCCUCAAUUAUCCCCCCAAAAUGUAAUCCGUUAAACAUUUAAUAAAAUGUAUAUGGCCUAAGUGUUAAAACGUAUCCAAACAAUUGUGUUAAAAAACAAAAAGGGCAUGGUCUAGGGUUGUGCGCGUGAGUGCAUGGGUGCUAAGGUGCGGAGAGUCAGUGCAGGUGGUCAGUUCAAGUGUUCAGCAUUCUUUUGGCUUCUAUAUAGAAAUAGUCUCUGAGCCUGUUGGUAUCAGACAUCAUGCUCCGAUACCGUCUGCCCGACGGUAAGGGAGUGAACCGCUGGUGUGUGUGGGGUCCUUGAUGAUGCUGCAGGCCUUCCUCAGGCACCGUUUCCAGUAUAUGUCCUGGAUGUGUGGGAGCACGGUCCCAGUGAUGUACUAAUAACCAGCUGAGCUAGCAGACAAUGUAACAAAAGUAGUUUUUCAGAUUCGAAAAGUACUCCAACAGGCUCUGCAUUUCAGGAAUCACAGAAGCAAGUGCUCCUGGUGCACUGUUCAAUUAUUUAGCCAUUUAAACUCUGUUUUUGGAUAAAUUCAGUUUUUGCAAUGCCCUCAAUGGCUUCCAUGCGUUUAAAACGUGAGCUUGUCCGAGGGGUCUGACUCGACAACACUUUCUAGCUGAUUCAGAGGGGUUGGGUUAAAUGUGGAAGACACAUUUCAGUUGUACAACUGAUUAGGUAUCCUCCUUUCCAUUGGAGUGCUGUGAUUGGUUGCCCCAAAUUCUGGGGCCGGGCUUAGUGAAGGGUCAAUUGAAUAGGGUUUGCAAUAUUAAUAGGUCUGACAUGGAAGUGUGAAGCAACAUAUAGCCAUAACAAAUAUGGCCACUUGAUGCGGUAUUCAACCCAGAUGCUCUUAUAUUGUGAAUGUAGGCAAGUAUAUGUUUACCAGAGGCAGUCGUGUGCUGUUGUCAGUGGUCAAGUGGUUGAGGACUGCAGAGCAUUAAUGACUGUGUUUACACUUCAGACCAAGAUGCAGGAUUAUGACACAAACUCCACACUCUGCCAAUCAGCCUUCCACUGCUCAUACUGUAUGCAAUACAGGAUUGUGUUGAUAUACUGAUAUGCAGGUAUGAACACACUGUUAUUGCCUGUCUGUGACUGAUGUGAGCUUUUUGGCAUUAGGAUGGUUUGGACCUACAGUAUCUGUUGACAAAAAUAUAUUAUUUAAAGGUACUCUUAUGAGGGUAGGUACUACUGAAUUUUUACUCAAGGCAUGCAUUUCCAAACACACAUCCAAAAACAAUGUGACACGGAAUUCCAAUUUUGUGACCUUCAGUGAAAACUAAAAAAUAUAUGAACACUGUAUUCUCUGGUCAAUUUUGAUGAAAUGGAAUGUCUGGGCAUCGUGCAGGCGCAGAAUGUAAUUGAGUGGAGGCAAACUAAAGACACUGCUAUUGAAGCCUCCCCAAUAUUUACACCAAAGUGAAUUCAUUCAAAGAGCUACCAUUGUCCAGCAUAUCAACUCUGAAGUCAUUGCUUUUGGGUUUGUUAUUUUAGAUUUUUCAAUGACUCGUGAUGACUAUCGUUUUGUUUUUAGGAUCAAGUGCAUUGUAUGACCUUAAUUUGCAUUAAAUGUAGGCCCAUACAUUGUCAUACGCAAAUGUGUAUAAACCAUUGGUCAAGUUAUUCUCGCUUUACUUGUAUGGCUUUACACAGACAGAAAGAUGAAGUGCAAUCAUAAUUUAGCAACAUGUUUAAUAUUCUAUUGGUGUCCACAAAAUGUUUACACUUUUAAUCAUUGUAUUGUGUACUCAAGUCGAACACGUCUGAAUGACAUCCGUUCGACACUUGUGAUCUGUCAUUGUUUGUCAACAGAAAGAAAAUAUGGUUCCAUUAGGUACAGGUGGUUCAAUUUUUGUUACAGUUUGUAGAUUUACUGAUUUCUUGCUUGAAUUGUUUUAAUUAUUUGAAGGUAAUAUAAGCAAGGUACCUAGCUACAUGGCAAUUAAUUUGCUGGCUGAUUUUUAUGUAUGUAUUUAUUUUGUUAAAAUGUUACACUGCCCGUUGACGGAUCAAAGUGCUAGUAAUACACUGUGUACUAACUUAACACAUCCACAAACCAAACUAUCAGUACAGAUUGUAACAAGGGCUCGAGUUAACCUGUUAAUUCCAAUUUAUAUGUGAUCAUUUAUGACAUUUAUGUUUUACUGAAUAAUUAAUCGUUAUGGCUGUGGUUUGCCCCCGCAGGAGACAAAUAGUUUGUAUGACAAAUACUGUCCAAAGCAAGGCCAAAUAUAUAACAUAUCAUGACACUUUUACAAUCAAUGUAGGCUAACUGUUAUGAAAUAUGUUACCUUAAAUAGUACUAUGACGACAUAACAAACAGUAUCAGCUUGUCAAAAAAACAGACCACCCUCAAUUUAAUAGUUUGUGUCACCGUGGCAUAUCGCUUCAUAACAAAUACAAUGUGUGUUCUACACAGCAUACACAAAUUCUGCUAUUACCUUUACUGUCAAGUAUCAUUGUAUGCUUUAAGCAGGGAGUCGCCCCGCUGUGUAUGAUAUCAUAUUUCUGAGACUACUUUUAAUGAGUGCUACUGAAUUUUCUUUAAUAGUUACAUACACUGUAAUGCUUUUGAUAAAGGUUACUUUACUUAGUUAUUACUUAGUUUUACCUACUUACAGAAAAAACUAUUACUGUGUUACUGAAAUAUUUUCCCUCAAUAUGUACUUCCUUUCAUAGAGCAAAUGCCAGUGAUGACAAACAUGUCUCGCCUAAUUAGCAGAAAGGUUUACUUUUUUUUUAAACUUUUUUGUUUUUGUAGAAUGUUGUGCCAUUUACAGUGUUAUAUGCUUGGUAUUUUAGACAAUAGGAUUAAUGUUACAAAGUUAUGUACACUGUAUUGUGACCCCUGUUAUGAACUAUUGACACCUCAGAAGUCUAAACCAUUGACUACACUGAGUUGAAUAGUCACACAUUUUAGACAAUUUUUGUUGCUUUUUCCUGUCUUUUGUCUACUUUUUUUUCUUUGGUAAAUUGUUUAAUUCUAAUUUUUAUAUUCUAAAUUUGUAUUGGUAAAAUAUGGUGAAGUUACUGAAUGUCCACAUAUCAAGUCAGGAUACAGCUCUAAGUGAAAGCAUGAGAAUUUUAAGACAUUCCUUUUUGGAAGUUCAAAACCUCAGAGGCUUCAAUUUCAGAACUUUUUGGAUUACUCACUCUACAUUAAAAUGUGAUAUUUCA